AUCAUCACAUGCCAUAUGAAUGAAUCAAAUAGUAUAUAAAUAAAUAAAUGUUCACAAAAACAAUACACACAAAAAAAAUAACAACAUUAUAGAAAAACUUUGCUUCACUUAAAAAAAAAAAAGAAAUGGGUUUAUUAGAUCUGGAAAAGCACUUUUCUUUCUACGGUGCUUAUCAUAGCAACCCUACAAACAUAAUAAUUCAUAUAAUCUUUGUUUGGCCAAUUCUCUUCACAGCACUUCUUUUUCUCUAUUUUACACCUCCUAUUUUUUCACCUUCCCAAACACUCCUUAAUUUUGUUCCAUCUGUUCUUGUUUUCAACUUUGGUUUUGUUUUGGCUGUUUUCUACGGUCUUUUCUAUGCUGCUUUGGAUUUUAAAUCCGGUUCUUUUGCUGCGGUUCUUACUUUGAUUUGUUGGGUUUCUUCAAGUUUCGUAGCUAAUUUCAUCGGCUACGAUAUCGCUUGGAAGGUUGUGUUAGCUGCUCAGUUGUUUUGUUGGACAGGACAAUUUAUUGGUCAUGGAGUGUUUGAGAAACGUGCACCAGCUCUAUUGGACAACCUUGCUCAAGCUUUUCUGAUGGCUCCUUUCUUCGUGGUUCUUGAGAUCCUCCAAUCAACCAUUGGAUAUGAACCAUAUCCUGGAUUUGAGAAAAGGGUGAAGGCAAAGAUAGCUGCUAAUAUCAAAGAAUGGAAGGAAAAGAAGAAACAAAAGAAAAGUGCUUAGGUUGAAAAACUUGUUUACAAAUGUUGUUAUAUUUACGGGAGAAUAAAGAUAAGAUUCAUGUUGUUGACAAAUAUUUAAGGAUAAUGUUUGAACAUGUUGUUGAUGUGUAUAUAUAUAUAUAUAUAUAUAUAUUUGUGGA